AAAACAUGAGGACGACGUCGAACUAAAAGCGUUCGGGACUCGUGUUCAAUUGUUACAGCAGGGGGGAGCGGCAUAUAAAGGAUUCGAAUCGAUCUUGUCAGUCUGUUACUGACCUCCAUCUUGUCGUCGUAACUCAUCAUGGUCUCCCCUCAAACGGAACCGAUCAGCAGAGCGCACCCAGGAUACCGCAUGCCGGUCCUGGCUUUGCCAUUCCACCUUCUUUCUCUCAACCGGAACCCUUUUUUAGUUAUCCUGCAUUAGUAUUUCAUAUAAAUCAUUCGCAUCUCCUCCUCCCCCAAGAUCAGUUUCAUCAAUGUGCUACCUAUAUGGAUCGACUGACCCAGCAUCGGCUUUCUGUCCCAUGUGUAAAGUAUUCAAGCCGAGUGGAAACAGAUGCCCUCACAUCCGAGAUGUAUGUUACAACAGAGCUUUGCAUCCUCGUCAUGACAUCGUUCAUCUAAAGAAUGCCGAGGUCAAAUCUUUUAAUGGAUGUGGCUAUUGCAAGUGGGCUCGCGCUAAUCCAUCGUCAAAAGUUAGCUUGCAUCAGAACCCCGGUUGGCCCGGAUGCUGCAGGCCUCCAAGCCUCAAUGAGCAGCGCCUCAUACAGGCUGCAGAUUGGCCUAGUGUCAGCAUCGUCCAUAGCAUACCUAUGCCUCAAGAGAUAAAAAGCAUCCUCGAAAGCGUACGAGGUGCCAUCCUACCAGGUGUCUCACCCACAAAUCGCAGUCCAGCAGCCCAACAGCAAAUGCCAUCACUGGAUCGUAGAAACAGCGGUAGCAGUCCCACGACCAGGUCUAGCCCAACCUCCGGGAAGAAUCAGGCAAUGCCCAUUCCAACAAGAGGGCGCUCAGGUGGAAGUCCUGUGCAACAGAGUUCCCCUUUAACAGGAACGACACCACGAGCUUCUGGACCCCUGUCUUCAUUUCCAAAUUCAGCAGAGCAAAGCACGUCGCCUCGUCGCCAGACAGUCUCAGAAGGGGUAGAGAAGACAAACCGCACUCCCUCCAUGCGUAGAGCGACAGACUUGGACGGUUCGCUGUCACGGCGUAACGGCGGAGGACGGCCUUCGUUAUCCUCAGUUUCCGCAUCGUUAAACUCAUCGAAGCCUUCUGCGGAGUACUGCCCGCCAGCUCCUUAUCCAUCUCCUGUUGACGGCGUCCCCACGAAUUCGCCGGAUUCUCCAUUUUCUUCUCGACGAUCUACAUUAGAAGGCGCCAUGGCGGCGUUAAAGGUUGGGAGCACUGCGGGGAACAGCAGUGAUAGCGGCAGCUCGCAAGGCUCCGUAUCAGAUGCGACCGUAAUCUCCGAUGGGGGCUUCACAGAUUACUUGUCAGAUGAGUCGGAGGCAGAAUUACAGAGACAGGCAGAAGCAAAGGCAGCUCUGGUUGCGCAGAAUCAGGCAGAGGAACAAGAGUUCAAGGCUGCUAGGCAGCAACUUGCCGGAGUUGGCUUACGACCGCCCAAGUCCUGGGAUGAUACCAAUGAUGCUAUUCCGCGUACUAUGCAAAACGCAGGAAAUCAUGCAGUGGGCUAUGCGCAUCAUCCAGCGUAUGCAUCUCCUGUAUUUGUACCUCCUGCUGUCACACAUUCUGCUCGCGGAUGAUAGGUAACUCUACUGGACCUGCGCGUUUUAUCUAUCAUGUAUCUUUUUAAACCUUCCGUGGUCGUCACUAUUUGUUACCUGUUCUAUGGGUUCCAUUUGUACAAUAUCUGAUUCAAUUGCGUCGAACUACCUCACUAGCUAUAGUGGUACUGAUACUUGGACUAGCUAGUAAACAAUUGUUUGCUUGUUCCAAGUUUGUGGUUGAUG